CUCGACAAAUCACAUAGACUCUCCAUACAACUCGUCAAUGCUCUAAUGUUGCCACAGCACUUAUAUGCCGUAUUUCUGGGCUUCCUCGUCGAUCCACUCGCUAGCGCCCGCGCAUAUGUACGAGCUACACAAUUACCGUCCUUCCUGUCCAACACUGUAGCCAGGACGGAGCAAGUGCAAAACGUCUUGCAGCACCAGCCGGCUAAGGAUUCUACUUGCAAGCAAUAUCUAACAGGCCCCAUAGAGACUACACUCUGCGAUUAUGAGACCGUAGAGAGCGUCAACGAUGAACUUUACGAUCAGCUACACUCGCUCGUGGAGACACCAUUCUUCAGAUACUUCAGGGCCGACUUGUACCGUGAUUGUCCCUUCUGGCAAGAGAAUGCGUUUUGCAUGAAUCGCGAGUGCGGUAUAACCACCGUCGAUGAGAGUGAAAUACCGGCGAAAUGGCGAGCUGCUGAAUUGAGCAAGGUGGAGAUGCCCCCAGAAGACGAGCGAACACGCCUACCUGGAUGUUACUACCGUGAUUCAGAUUAUUGUUUCCUCGACGACAUGACAGAGGGCGAUUACAUUGACUUGGCUCUCAAUCCUGAACGCUUCACGGGUUACGUCGGGCCCUCUGCCCACAGAGUCUGGUCGUCCAUCUACUCAGAAAACUGUUUCGGGCUGUCUGAGAUGAAUCUCCUUUCCGGCAAAUCUUCAGACCCCGCGCCAGUCUCUAUGCCAGGAAGCAUGACUGAGGUCCUCAGUGAAGACGAAGCGGAAAGUCCGAAAGACUGUUUGGAGCAGAGGGUGUAUUAUAAGAUCAUAUCAGGUUUGCAUGCCAGCAUUUCGACUCACGUUUGUCGCGAGACAAUGAAUCAGACCACGGGUGAAUGGGGACCCGACCUGCAAUGCUUCAUCAAUCGCGUUGCAUCCUAUCCUGAACGCCUGCAGUACAUCUAUUUCGAUACGGUCCUGCUGCUGCGUGCCGUAGCCCGGCUCGGGCCAUACCUGUCCGCGUAUGACUACUGUGGCACGGACGCUCACGAGGGUGAAGCCGAAACCUUGGAGCGGCUCAAGAAAGUCAUCGGCAUCGCGCAGGCAGUUGGCAAAUUCGAUGAGACGGUGCUUUUCCGGGGGGAGAACGCCAACAUCCUCCGAGAGGAGUUCAAGGAGCAUUUUCGGAACGUCAGCCGCAUCAUGGAUUGCGUUGGCUGUGACAAGUGUCGCCUCUGGGGCAAGGUCCAGACAACAGGUCUGGCGACGGCGCUCAAGGUGAUAUUUGAGUUGGAUGAGAAGGCUCUAGACCCCCAAGCGAACCAGAACUUGCUACAGCGCUCCGAGGUCGUUGCAUUAGUAAACACUCUGCACCGCUUUUCGGAGAGCCUUGCUGCGGUGGACGACUUUCGCAAAAUGUGGGCGGAGGCAGAUGCGCUGGAAGAGGCACGGCUGCUCGAAGGGGCAGCGUUCGCGGCAACAGGGGCACCGAAGUCACGGCAUUCACCCACGGCGGGCACUGACUUCGUUCCUGGUAACCUACUCCAUGGUGUCCUAGAGUGGGUGCGUGCCUGCAGGGACGAGACUAUGGGUUGCUUCCUUGGGCUGUUGGAUGGCCUGCAAACCGUGUUCAGCACUGUAGGCAGCAUCUUCAGGAUGUCAGGUAAAGACCAGGUGCCGUCACGAAGUGAGCUAUAACACACGGACUCAGGAGGCUCUGUACUAUUUCGACCUAUAGCUUAUGCACGUAUAUUUACCGCACAUUCUUGCAUAGACUCCCAAUUGCCAUGACGCUGUUGACUCUGUU